UUUGACACCAUAUAUGUGGUUACUGAGUUGCCUUUCAUAAAUGGAUACGAUAGUUGUUCCCCAAAAGAGAAGAAAUGGCUGGUACUUGUCACUUAUGGCACCGAACACAAAAGGACAAAAGUUUGCCUGGCUCGACCCAUCAAGACUCUACUGUAAUGCACAGGCACUGUCAGAUUGUGUGAAAGACCUUCUCAAACCCUUCAAGAAUGAGACGAUUGAUCUGGUGGCUGGAAUAGAUGCCAUGGGCUUCAUUCUGGGGUCAGCUGUGGCCACAUCAUUAGGAAAGGGAUUUCUGGCCAUCCGAAAAGCAGGACACUUGUGUGUUCAAACUCACACUCAAGAAUACACUGAUUACUCCGGACGUGGGAAGGUCAUGGAAGUGCGUGUUGAUGUGUUAAAACCAGGUCACCGGGUUCUUAUAGUAGACCAGUGGAUUGAGACUGGAGGAACUAUGAAGGCAGCCCUCAAACUGGUGGAAAAUCAAGGAGCUACUGUUGUAGGCAUUGCCGCUGUGGCCAUUGAGAACAGUGAGGGCGGGAAGUGGCUAAAGGAAAACUAUAAGUACUCUCACUGCGUUCCAAAUGAACUUCAAGCUCAGAUAGACAAUCAACACCUGGAAUUUUUUAAGAACUUCAACUGAACAUUUGGAAAUCAGGAAAGGAGGAACAUAAAGAAUAUGAAGUCAGCUAAUAA